AUGAGGAACAGCUCUUGCCUCAGAAGCGCCCACAAACCCUGGGGGAACCUGGGGAGGAGCAGAGCUGCUGGGACAAGGGGAGCAGAGUGUGGUGGGAUGGCCAGGAGUAGCCGGGAGACCCCACAAAGUGGCCUGAACUUGUUCCUGGGCACUGUCCUACUGCUCCUGCUGCUGCCUGAUGUUGCCGAAGGACAGGACAGCUGUUCUGACCAGCACCGGGGUGAUCAGCCCCGUGAGUGCUGCAGCGUGGCGGUGGAGCAGCAGAACCCAGACAACAUCACCGGCCUGCUCCGCUUGUCCCAGCAGUGCCCGGAGCUGUGGCGCUCCGGGAGCCACCCUUGUGCCUGCCUGAGGGAGCUCUGGUUCAGGCUGCUGCAGUCGGGGCAGCACAGCUGGCCGGCUGGGCUCAAGGCUCUGCUCCUCAAUGUCAGCAGGGCUGGCACCCGUGACGUCCUCAUCACCUUCUCCCCCACAGCGGGCCCCAGCAGGCUGAACACCACAGAGAAAGGGAAGGCAGGUGGCAAAAUCCACCUCCCCAGGGAGCUAUUCCGGUCCCUGAGUAGCCAAACAGUGCGUGUGGUGGUGACAGUCCUCAAUAUCCAGCAGCUUGGCAUGUUCAAGGAAAUCAACCAGACGGCGCAGGUGUUGGACAGCACCGUGGUGGGCAUCACGGUGGGAGAGAGCAGCAUCUCGGGGCUGCAGGAGCCCGUGCAGCUCACGUUUGCCCACAGGGAGCUGCCCCGAGGCGUCACCCCCCGAUGCGUCUUCUGGGACCCCAGCAAAGGGCAGGCAGGAGGCUGGCAGAGCAGUGGAUGUGCCACCCAGCCCGGGGACAAGGGGACAGUCUGCUCCUGUGACCAUCUCACCUUCUUCACCCUCCUCCUGAACCCAGCUCUGGAUGGCUCCACAGCAAAAGCUUUGAUGGCUGUAGCCACCGCUGGCUGUGGGGUAGCCAUGGCCUUCUGCAUCUUCACCAUGGCCUUCUGCAUCUUUGUGAGGUGCAGGUUCAGGUUUGAGGAGACCGUCCGCACCAACCUGGGGCUGCACGUGAACCUCGUGGGCAGCCUGUUCCUCCUCAACCUGGCCUUCCUGCUCAGCAGUGGGCUCUCUGGCAGGGCCCAGCCAAGGACCUGUGGGGUCCUGGGGGGGCUCACCCACUACUGUCUGCUCUGCUGCUUCACCUGGACGGCGCUGGAGGGCUGCCAGCUCUACCUCCUCUUUGUCAAGGUCCUCGGCAUCUACAUCCACCACUACCUGGCAAAGCUGUGCCUGGUUGGCUGGGGCUUCCCUGUUCUGGUGGUGGGAGUGGCAGGAGCUAUUGGCAGCUAUGGAGAAUACAGCAUCCAGACCACAGACCACCAGGUCAUAGCCCACCUGUGCGUGUGCCACUGCCCACAGGGCUCAGGUGGCCCUGUGGCACAGGGAGGGGCAGCUCAGUCCUGCCAGGAGUGCAGUGGCCAGGGAUUGCACCCAUCUGGUUUGGCUUUGCACCAUGCCUCUGCUUCUGCUUCCUUCUUUGUGAUUGCAACACAUCAGCCACCCCCAGCUCAUGCUGAGCCUCCUCAGUCACACCUACAGCCCUCCAGGUCAUGGAGGGAUGUCCAAGGCCCACCUGGAGCUUGUCCAGGCUCCCUCCCAGCCGAGCAACACGAGGGCAGUUGAUACCCACCGCUGUGCCCCUGCUUCACCCUGGCCUUGCAAAAUCCCGCCAGGGGAAGGCUCCCAUGGGUGCUGCUGAGGCUUGCAGGGCUGCUGGAGGCACUGUGGUUCUCUUUUCAGAUGCUGGAUCACUUCCAAACAUCUUCUGGUCCACUACAUCACCAACUGUGGUUACUUUGGCCUCAUCUUCCUCUUCAACAUGGCUGUCUUCGGGGUGGUGACCCACAAGAGCUGCAGCUUGCAGGGCACUGGGGCAGUGCCAGGAUACCAUAA